AUGUCCUGGCAAGCAUACACUGACAACUUAGUUGCUACUGGAAAGAUUGAUAAGGCCGCUUUAUAUUCUAGAGCCGGUGACUCAUUAUGGGCACAAAGUGGUUCUUUCCAAUUGGAACCCACUGAAAUAGCAGCCAUUGCUAAAGGGUUUGAUGUUCCUGAUGAUUUACAGGUACAUGGCUUACAUAUUCAAGGUAAGAAGUACUUCCUUGUCAGAGCGGAUGAAAGAUCCAUUCAAGGUAAGUUUAAGGAUGAUCAAACUGAUGUUGGCAUCAUUGCUGUUAGAACAAAGCAAACCAUUUUGAUUGCCCAUUACCCAACAGGUAUUCCAGGUUCAGCAGCUACUGUUGUUGUUGAGAAGUUGGCAGAUUACUUGAUUUCUGUUCAAUAUUAG